CAACGUACCAACCUUGACAUAUCGGCAUAGUUCUUUCUAUUUGGGUUUUUUCGUCGUUCGCCAUGCGGGAAAAUUUGUUUUACGUUAAAAAUCUAUAAAAGUGUUUGAAUACUCAAAAUAUACUCUACUCGAAACUAUCAAGAAGUCCGUCUUUGGAAACAUCAACGUCCGCAAAAGUGCAAUUUUUUAUGUGACUGCUGUGUAAGAGGUUAUGAACUAGUAAACAUGGGAGAAGCUAAAGUAGCGAAAAAUAAUAUUUGCAAUGCGAUAGCACUUAGAUAUCGAUUUGUAUUCGAAAAUGUAGGCGGUGGAGAGCCGGAAUUAAAGUUUCUGCAACACCCUUUAAUAGCAUUGAUAGUCACAAUCCCCAAAGGCAAGCAAGACAAAGAGGAUGAGAUAGCGCCCGAGAGUGUCGAAUACGAGGACGAUGUUGAAUACUUAAGAAGCUUAGAUCCUAAAGAAUGGAAGAGCCAAGACCACUAUAAAGUAUUAGGUAUACCGAAUUUAAGAUUCAAAGCUUCUGAAGAUAUAAUUAAAACAGCUUACCGUAAAAAAGUGUUAAAACAUCAUCCUGACAAACGAAAAGCCUUAGGCGAAGAAAUAAAAACUGACGAUGAUUACUUUACGUGCAUCACUAUGGCUUAUGAAACUCUAGGAAAUGUUAGUAGAAGGAAAGCAUAUGAUUCCGUGGAUCCUCACUUUGACAAUAAUUUACCCAGCGGUAGUGAUAUAAAGAAAGACUUUUACAAAACGUUUACUUAUUAUUUUGACUUGAACACCCGUUGGUCAGAACGACGUGUGGUUCCUAAAUUGGGUGAUGCUACUUCUUCGCGGGCAGAUGUUGAACAUUUUUAUUCCUUUUGGUAUGACUUCAAAUCAUGGAGGGAGUAUUCAUAUGAAGACGAAGAGGACAAAGAUAAAUGCCAGGAUAGAGAUGAAAGGAGGUAUGUAGAUAAAUUAAAUAAAGCUGAAAGGCUUAGAAAGAAAAAAGAAGAAAUGUCUAGAAUCCGUCAGUUAGUAGAUCUAGCAUACAACAAUGACCCUAGGAUUGACAAGUUCAAACAAGACGACAAAGAAAGAAAAAUGGCAGCCAAAAGGGCAAAACAAAGUGCCGCACAAGCCAAGAAAGAAGAAGAAGAAAGAAUUCUUAGAGAAGCCCAGUUGGCCAAGGAACAAGCAGAAGCAGCUGAAAGAGCUAGAAUAGAAGCAAAACGACAAGAGAGGGAGGUUCAGAAGAAGGCUUUAAAGAAAGAAAGGAAAAUCCUCAGAGAUAUUUGUAAAGCGAACAAUUAUUAUGCUGACAACGCGGAUCAAAAUCUGGCACAUAUGACGGCCAUUGAAAGUAUGUGUGAACGAUUAUCAUUGUCUGAAUUAGAAGAUCUCAAUGCAAACCUUAAAAAUAAUGGAAAAUCUGCAUUUUCAAAGGCUUUUAAAGAUAAUCAAGCAAGCUUGGAUAAAGAAAGAUUGGAAGAUCUUAAUGUGCCUAAACAAAAAAUUAAUACGGAAAAUAAUGUACCUGCUGUGGUGAUGAUUGCUCCUGAGUGGAAUGAGGAUAACAUCCAGUUGCUAGUUAAAGCUGUUAAUCUUUUUCCUGCUGGUACAAAUCAAAGAUGGGAAGUGGUAGCUAAUUUUAUUAAUCAACAUGGCGUUUUAUCCCAAAAUACUAGCAAAUUUAAUGCAAAAAUGGUACUGGCGAAAGCAAAAGAUCUUCAAAACACUGAUUUCUCCAAACACAAUCUCAAAGAGGCCGCCAACAAGCAAGCAUUCGACAAUUUUAAAAAAGACAAGAAACCUGUACUCAACAUCGAUGAAAGCGGCAUCUCAAAAAAAUUGGACGAAGUCAACAUCACUGAGAACGGCGAGAAACCCAAAAAGGUGACCUCUAAUGGAGAUUUGAAACCGAAAGCAGAAACCCCGUGGACAACGUCCGAGCAACAACUGUUGGAACAAGCCCUCAAGACGUAUCCGGCCUCGACGGCGGAAAGAUGGGACAGAAUUGCCGAAUGUAUACCCAAUAGAACAAAGAAAGACUGCAUGAAGAGAUACAAGGAUUUGGUCGAGACUAUUAAGGCGAAAAAAGCCGCCCAGGCCACCGUCACGACAAAAUGAUACACCUGAAUAUUAGGAUAUUCGAAAUUAUAUUUAUUUAGCAAUAAUCCAGUAAAAUAGUCAUAAAACAAUUUUCCUUUGUUACUCAAAUAAACAUCUAUAAAUUUA